AUGCGCGCGGCACUCCUGCCCCCGUGCCUGUCCGCGGGGAAGACAAAUAGCAGACACCACAAGGCGCCAUUCAUACCCCUGCGAAAGUGCCAGUUCACCAUCUCCUCCGCUAUGCUAAACAGUACAGAUAGCAAACUUCUCGAAUGCAAAGAAAUAAACGACCAAAAUUAUGACAAUGUAAUAAAAAAGAGAAAAACAUUUCUCCUCUACGGAUAUGCCCAUUACUCAAAUAGAUGUUUCAACCAUUUUGACAAAUUGGCAACCCUAAGUAAGGACUUCGUCCAAAUCAAGAAAGUUGAAAAGUUGCCCCUAUACAAGCUAAACGUAAGUAUGAAUAAUUUCCUCGUUCGUAAGUUCCACAUUAAAUCGAUACCCACAAUUCAGUUAAGACAUAAAAAUAAGCUAGUAGAUGAAUUGAUCGGAAAGGAAUUAAAUGAGGAAACAAAUGUGAACAGGCUGCUAAGAAGAUGUGGCACUUAUUUUAACUCCAUUCGAGAGGUAGACAAUAUGGUCGAUUUUUUGGCCAGGGAAGAGGAGCUUCCCAAUAGCGGUUAUGAUGACUUCUUCGAGAGGGAAGCAUUUCUUCAUGGAAUGUGCUCACCCAUAGAAACAGCCAAUCAUGGAGAAGCCCCUAUGGAUAGCACCCCUUCCCCAAACGACAAAAACAGCUUUGUAACAGAAAUGAAGGAAAAACUCUUCCCAAAAGAUACGCUAACCGAUUUAUUGCUAAAAUAUCAGUGCACCACGUAUGUCCUUUUUAAAAAGCUAGAUCUUUUACUCAAUGGAGAGAAAAAAAAUCAUCAUCAGAUCAAACUUGUCUUGAAUGAAAUAAUUGCCAACCAUAGUUCCUACCUGGACAUAAACGAGCGCUACAGCAAGUUAAUGGCCAAAGCGUUUCUACUUCUUUUCGAUGAGGAAAAAUUGUCAAUCGAGAAUUUGUUGGACCUAAAAAAAGGUUUGGAAGAAGCAGGAGAGGAGAAGUCUUCUAUACAUGCUCAUGCCAUGGAGUCAAUCCAUUUCAACGAACCGAUCAUCACUUUCGAUGAUUUUAAAAAUAUUCAUUUAAGGCGUAUUAACGGGGUGGAGGAAUUUUUAUCCAACGAGUGGGAAGAGGAAGCUCCGUCAAAAGCGAUAAGCUCUGCGGAAAUCCUUCGUUCAGGCGAAAACCCAGAAGAACUACGAAAUGGAAAAUUAAAAAAAGCCUCGAAAAGUAAUGAAAAAACGAGAUACCUCAGCCGCGUGUGCAGAAUCUUGGCCAUAAAAUAUAUGCAGAAGGAACAGUAUGAUGAUGCCUUCCACCACGCGCUAGAAUCUUACACAUUAACAUUUCCCCUAAAUGAUGUGGACACAUCGAAAUCGAAGGUCCUGAUUGAAAAUUUAAUCCUAUAUCUAGGGGCAUACAAUCCGAGCGUCAUUAAAUUUUUGAGCGAUCUGCAAUUGCUCUUUACGGACAAAAUCUUUAAAGUGGUUCGGUUUCCCCACACAAGGGCAAUUAAAGGGGGACGCCCAAUGAUGAAAAGGGGGAAGUCUGGGAAGUGGCUGUGGCUAAGUCAGGACUGGAAACCUCGGUGGUUGAAGAAAAAGGCAAAGUUGAUUUUGGAGGAGGAGUGGAGGUGCGUCCCUGAUAAGAACGUCCCCUUCUGGAAUUAG